AUGGCACCUUCUACGCCUUCACAGGGACUUCCCAGUCCUCCGCCACGAACCCCUAAUACGCCUUCAAGAGCUUUUCCCUAUACAUUUAUACCCCACUUACCCAAAGUCGGCACUGCCAAAGUCAGAUUGCGUUCUAACGUCUUCGCGUUAUGCGCGUAUGCCAUCGUCUGGUGGCAAUCUUCUCUAUAUGGGUUUCUCAAAGAGUCGGUUGUGCUUGUCAUUGGGGGCAUUUCGUCGACGCGGGGCGUCUUGAAAGUCUUUAGUUGGUUCGAAAACGUUUCCCUUUUUAUAAUCCUAUGGAAUAUUGUUGAAGCUAUAUUUGUCAUUAACCGUACCCCACCGCCUGAAUCAAUCCCUCCGUCAGCUAGCGCCGCACGUACAGGUUCUAUCCGCAAGCCACGGGGUUCAAGCCUUCGAUUCCUCACCACCUCCCAAUCCCAACCCACUUCCCCACUCUCCAAGUCCAUAGUGUCCCCUUACCUCUCCUCGUCCCUGGCCUCGUCCACCGCCACGUCCAUAUAUGACACCCCCACUCGAAAAGGCAUUACCAACGCCCGCACAUCUCUCCCCUUCAUGAACUCUGCUUCAAGGUUCGGCCUUACCCACUCGGUAUCGACGCCCGUAGGGUUGGGCGCUAGCUUCGAUUCUUCAUUGGAUAGCGUUCCUAGAGGUGAUCUCUCUGCACCUCCGCUAGCUUCACAUAUGGGACAACAGUCUCCGGAGAGCAGUCGACCUUUGAGUGGUGAAGUUUUGAGAAAACUGUUCAAAGAGGCCGACUCCUGAUCCACGCCAUGCAUCGAAUCAUCACUUACUGCACAUAAUGUCUAGUCUGUGCACCUGACUGUCAACUGGCGCACAAGAACUAAAUGACCACGAGUCGCAAUGGACAAUCACCAUGAUAUCUACUUUUGGAGCUUUUUUUGUGAUAGGAGCCAGCGAGUUUUACCCUAGGAUAUUUGAAGUAAUUUUGCAUAGAUUUGGCAACAUGGGUGCCGAACUUCUGCCUCACAUUUCCCGAUUUCAAAGUCCGCCAUAUUCCCCCUUCGCGACUACUCAGCCGUGCCAUCCGCGGACCUACGCAGUAUCCUGUAUAUCAUCUCAGUAGUCUUACGAUUGGGGUCUUGUUU